UAAAACACAUACUAUAUUCAAUUAUUAGAGAAAAGCAUGCAAUGUUGUUGCAUCACACACAAAAAUACGUGAUUUUUGUCUUAAUUUCGGCAACUCUGGGCUACGUUAGUCACACAAACGAGUACAAUGACCAGUUAAAAGCUGGCUUUAUGGUAUCCAUUAGGAACAAAUUUAAUCAGCACAGGUGCGGCGGAGCACUUAUUUCGGCACGUUCUGUCGUUACAAAUGCGGAUUGUGUUUUCAAUGAAACAUUGUCCGAGUUAUUGGUUGUCGUUGGUACUAAUGUCUUGAAUCAAGGAGUUGAGUACUUACCGGAUGUAUUUGAGGAUUCUGUGUGUAAGGAUGAUGAGCAUCGGAUCAAAAAACGACAUAUUCAUGCGUAUAAUGAUCUUGAAUUCUAUUGAAAACAACGAAAUUGGGGAUGAAAUUCGGGUUUCAAAGGAAGAAAAUAUUGAUAGAACCUCAGAAAGACCGGAAAUUCAACCGAAAACGUUGAGAAUAAGUCCUUCAUUGAUAUUUUCCGUUAAAAAUAUUUACUUUCACAAAGAUUAUGAUGGACAAUUUUUCAACAAUAUUGCUGUUAUGGAGCUAGAUCGUCGAGUUUCUCUCUUGAAUGGUGUUAAUGUCAUCGGAAUCGUCAAUAAUUACUCUUAUAUUUACUCGGGAGACACUCUUUCUUUGUACGGAUGGGACAAUCAACUAAUCCUACAAAAUCCUGCUCAUGUAAUAUCAAAAGUGUCUCUAAACUUAAUAAAUUCCGAUAAUUGUCUCGCUUUUUUUGGCUCAAACUUCAAAAAUGACAGUGAAUUGUGUCUCAAAGCGAUCAGUCACGUGCCUUCAAACGGCUUCGGUGGCAGUCCAGUGACUAAAAAUGGACUUCUUGUCGGAAUUCUUUCCUAUGGCGCUCCUCCUGGCACCCCUAAAAACUCCCCUGAUCAACUAACGGUGGCUGUAAAUCUCACACAUUACACGGAAUUCAUCGAACAAGUGCACGACGAUAUUGAACGUGCAGACGGAAGCUUCAUACUGCGAUUUGUUUAUUUGAUGCGUAGCACUUGGCAAGGGUUGAUAAGCUCAUUUACGUUCAUAUUCGAAAAUAUGUGAGAUUUUUUUUUCCGUGUAUCAUGUUUUUGUGCUUUUUUAAUGUAAAUUGAUAAAAAAUCAAAACUUCUUGUUGAUAUUAAUUUUUUGUUAUUUAAAUUAAAAGUCACGUUUCACAGAAAAUGAUACAAUUCCGCUCAUUCAGUAGUACUAUAUAUUACGCGGAGAGUACAACAUUCACUUUUAGUCGUCAAUAUUAAUUAAAGAUGAAAAAUUAUAAUUAUAUUCUGUCAUUUUUCUUGAUUUUUGCUGUCAAAACAGUUUUUGGCGCGAAAACUCCCGGUUAUUUAGUGGAAAUUCGGAGUAACACGAACGAUCACAAAUGUUACGGAACAAUAAUUUCAUCGAAAAUGGUCUUGGCGCCAGCUUCGUGUUUAGAAAAGAUGAAUGAAAGCGAUCUACUGAUACUGACAGGUGAUCAACAUAACCUCACUUCUUUGGAAAAUCUUCCGGAUUUGCAAUACGAACGCGUCAUUCGCUGGUAUGAGGAUCAAUGCAACCGAGUUGAUCUUGAAUUCACCACACUUGUGUUUUAUAUGGAGAUUUUGGAAGGUUUAAAGGCAAAUGACAGAUCAGAAAUCCCAAAAAUACCGGAAAAAGAAGUUCAUUCCGCGUCAAAAAUCGUAAUGCAUCCAUUUUAUUCGACCGACGACCAAAUUUUCAACAUUGCGGCGAUUAUAUUGAAUGAUACUGUCUCUAUCGAAGAUCAUCUCAAUUUGAAUUUGGCUUUUAAAAUCCCGAAACAUGUUGAUUUUCAUCUAAAUACCGAAGAGUCCUACGAAUUUGUGAAUGAAAAAGUUUGUGGCGCCAUUUUUCCUGAUGUUUUUUCCAAUAAAACCCAUUUUUGUGUGACUUCCAAUCAAAAAUCCGAAGAUCAGGUGAUUGGAAAAGCAGUUUUGAACUCACAGGAAAUGUUUGGCUUGGUUCUAGCAAAGAAGGAAAGUACUUUGUUAGUACUGAAUACCGCCAAAUUUGUGUCUUUCGUUCAAGCGGUGGAAGCAAAUAAGGAUUUUGCAGAGUCUAAAAGUAAAAUUGACGAGCUAACGAGAAUUUUUGUCGGUAAAAUCAUGAAAGAAAUGGCUUUUAUGUGAAUAUUUUUAGUUAUUUAUUCUUUGAGCUACGUAAUUACUACAAAAUUCGCGGUUUAAAAUAAAGAAAAAUCGAAAUUUAAUUCUCGACAA